CUGGCAGAGGAGUACAACGAGCUGAAGAAGAACUACUGUGUUUUGGCAGAGGCCCACGAUGAGGAGCUGGCUCUGAGUGAUGAGCUGAGUGCAGAGCUGCUGGCUUUGGCCCGAGCCCAGGAUGCCAUCGCAAAGCAGCUAAAGGAGCAGCAGAGAAUAAAUGCUACCACCCAGGACCUUCACAGGGAGCUGGACAGCCAUGCUUUGAUGAUAUCAAUGUCCAGCCAAGUGCAGGAGCUAGAAAUAGAGAACUCUAAGCUGCAGCUGCGAGUCAAAGACAUGAAGAAGGAGUAG